CCACAAAGACCGAGAGCUCGCGAGACGAGACUUUCCCGCGAGACUUGGAAGGCGGCCAUUUUAAAGGUGGGAGGGCGGCUGUUCAGCCUCCACUACACACGUAAGCAUAGACCCAGAAAGCCUUAAAAACAGCCAUGGCGACGAAGACAGAUACUUCACAAGACCCGACCAAACUGGAAAGGAUGGGCAAGGUCAGAGAAAUAGGGGACCUAGCGGUGUGGUCAGUGUCAUCCUGUAAGCCAGGUUUUGGAGUUGACCAGUUGAGGGAUGGAUCACUGGACACAUAUUGGCAAUCAGAUGGUCCACAGCCACACCUGGUCAACAUUCAGUUCAGGAAGAAAACUGCUGUGAAGAGUCUAUGCCUGUAUGCAGAUUACAAGUCUGACGAGAGUUACACGCCCAACAGAAUCUCCAUCCGCACAGGCACACAUUUCCACGACCUGCAGGAGGUGGAGCAGGUAGAGCUCAGUGAACCCACCGGCUGGGUCAUCAUCCCUAUACAGGACAAGAGCCUGCAGCCUCAGAGGACAUUUAUGAUCCAGAUUGCUGUUCUCUCCAACCAUCAGAAUGGACGAGACACCCACAUGCGGCAGAUCAAGAUCCACGCACCAGUAGAAGAUGGACCCAUGUCCAAAUUCCCAAAAUUCAGUUCUCUUGAUUGUAAAAUGCACAGCUGUAUAAGAUAGCAGUUCAAUAGCAUACUAUGGUUAUCACUUAGACUUUGCAGUGUUCCCAAUUACAUGUAAUACAUGUAGGAUUACCCAAGCAGAAAUUAACUUUUUCUAUUAAUAGUGUAUGCAUAAUCAUGUACUUUGUGCGCCAUAGGAUAUAGUACGUAAUAAACAAUCUGGAAGAAGUUUAUAUAUAUGUACAGGAAAGAAAAUAUCAAGACACUUGGCUAGAUUAUACCAUAAUCAUCGUCAUAUCCAGUAAUGAACUUUACGGUAAAUACCAUAUCAGCAUGUGUUGUUGUUUUCUACAAUAAUGCUGUCUUUGUGCUGUCUGUCUACUGUGCAAAUCUUUGGAGGGGCAUGUUUUAGUUGUCAACUUGUUUAUACAAAAUAAAGUGGGAGUAUCAAGAGUUUUCCCUUUUUAAUACAUUGUCUUGAGACACUUAAACAUGAAGACAGAAACCUUCAAUCUCAACGUAGAAACUUAUAUCAGAAAAAAAUGACACCUUUGUAAUUAAUCCAUACUGGCUCAGGUUUUUGCAAUAAGUGUGUAUUUUUGAUUAAGAGUAAAAUGUACAGCCUGACAUAGGAUGUUGAUUGUAGGGAAACACAUAUGAGCAACUGACCAGUCAGCAGCUUACUUGAUAUUGUUACAAAUUUGUAAACUACACAAUAAAAAAAAUGGUAAUAGUAUUCUGAAGCAAGAGCUAAAUCAGUUGCAAAGAUGUACAUUAGUAGGUAGUGUUCAGCUUGCAUUCGGAAAGUCAGGAGUUCAAACAAAGACUU